CCGUGUUAAUGCGAUCUCUGUGUUUGUUCCGCAGGCUGUGGAAUCGCGAUGCUCAUCAUCAUCUCCGUACUGAUCGCCAUUUAUUACAACAUCAUUAUGUGUUACACCCUCUUCUAUCUCUUCGCCUCCUUGGUCUCUGUGCUGCCCUGGGCUUCUUGUACCAACCCCUGGAACAAACGCCGGACUGCAAGGAUAAGGACAGGCUGAUGUUGGAUUCCUGCAUCAUUGGGGAUCACCCGAGGAUCCAGAUCAAGAACAGUACGUUCUGCAUGACGGCCUACCCCAACCUGACGAUGGUCAACUACACCAGCCACGGGAACAAGUCAUUCGUCAGCGGGAGUGAGGAGUACUUCAAGUACAAUAUGCUGAAGAUUUCGGCCGGUAUUGAAUUUCCUGGUGAAAUCCGGUGGCCCCUCGUGUUUAGCCUGUUUCUGGCUUGGGUGAUCGUCUACGCCUCUCUUGCCAAAGGGAUCAAGACCUCUGGAAAGGUUGUGUAUUUUACAGCCACGUUCCCUUACGUGGUCCUCGUCAUCCUCCUCAUCCGAGGGGUGACCUUGCCUGGGGCCGGAGACGGAAUCUGGUAUUUCAUCACCCCCAAAUGGGAGAAGCUGGGGGAUGCCAUGGUAUGGAAGGACGCGGCUACGCAGAUCUUCUUCUCUCUGUCGGCGGCCUGGGGUGGACUCAUCACUCUCUCCUCCUACAACAAGUUCCACAAUAAUCUCUACAGGGACACGCUGAUCGUCACCUGCACCAACAGCGCCACCAGUAUAUUCGCUGGAUUUGUCAUCUUCUCUGUCAUCGGCUUCAUGGCGAACGAGCUGAAGGUGGACAUUGACAAGGUGGCUGAUCAAGGACCCGGCAUUGCGUUCGUGGUGUACCCCGAGGCUCUCACCCGCCUUCCUCUCUCCCCGUUUUGGGCCAUCAUAUUUUUCCUCAUGCUCCUCACUCUGGGGCUGGAUACAAUGUUUGCCACCAUUGAGACCAUAGUGACGUCCGUGGCUGACGAAUACCCCAAAUACCUGCGUACCCACAAGCCGCUGUUCACCUUGGUGUGCUGCCUGGCAUUCUUCAUAAUGGGGUUCCCCAUGAUCACACAGGGUGGAAUUUACAUGCUGCAGCUGGUGGACACGUAUGCCGCGUCAUAUUCUCUCGUCAUCAUCGCGAUCUUCGAGCUGGUUGGGAUUUCUUAUAUUUAUGGUCUGCAGAGAUUCUGUGAAGACAUUGAGAUGAUGAUCGGAUUUCAGCCGAAUCGCUUCUGGAAGAUUUGCUGGGCUUUUGUCACUCCGACGAUUUUAACUUUUAUCUUGUGCUUCAGCUUUUACCAAUGGGAGCCGAUGACUUACGGUAGCUACCACUACCCGACGUGGUCGAUGGUCCUCGGAUGGUUGAUGUUGGCCUGUUCCGUCAUCUGGAUUCCAAUCAUGUUUGUCAUCAAAAUGCAUCUGGCUCCAGGCAAUUUUAUUGAGAGGCUUAAAUUGGUAUGUUCCCCACAGCCGGACUGGGGUCCAUUCUUGUCUAAGCAUCGUGGAGAACGUUACAAGAACAUGAUCGACCCAUUGGGUACUUCCUCACUGGGACUGAAACUUCCCCCCAAGGAUUUCGAGCUAGGAACACAAUGCUAG